CUGAGGCUAGAUGCUGAAAGUCCUUCAGAUAAACCUCCACAAAAGUAAAAACGCCUCAGCCGAGCUCCUGCUCAACAUAGAGGGAGUCGGCUACGAUGUGGCUCUAGUCCAGGAACCAUGGAUAGCGUCGGGCAACAUAGUCUCCGGUCUAAAGUCACAAAACUACAACACAUACAUCCCGAUUGUAAAAAACAAGGUAAGAACAGCGAUAUUGGUCAAAAAAAGUAUAUGUUCUUACAUUGAUCAUAAUCUCUCUUCAGACGAUCUGACAGUGGUGGCGCUGGAGGGCUGCAAGGAUGAGACGCUACUCUUUGGGUCCUGCUAUAUGCCACAUGAUGAGGAAGCACCACAAGCGGAACUUCGGAAGCUGGUAGAAACAGCUGCCAGAAAGAAGCAUGCUCUGGUGGUAGGAACGGACGCAAACGCACAUCACACGGUCUGGGGAAGUGCAGACAUAAACGACCGAGGUGAGUCACUAUUUACCUAUAUUCUUCAAAGUAGUCUAGAAAUAGCUAAUAGAGGUGAGGAACCAACAUAUGUGGGACCAACCUCGAAGAAUGUACUCGAUUUAACACUCUACACAAGCAGGCAUGUUAUGGUUCAGGAAUGGGAAGUAUUGAGUAGGCCCUCAUUGGUACCUGAGGAUAUGGGUGAUCCCAGUAAACUGCAUAUGUGUAAAUAUGUAUAUACACGCCUAUAUGAGAGCAGUUGGAUUUGA